AUGGUUCUACAAAGACUAGCACGCUCAAGAAGCGCAUGGGCUCCUUUGCUUGGUUCGCGCGCCAGCGCGAGACAAUUCCAUGCCUCAAUACCGACAUCACUCCACGAGGUCCCCAACCUCAUUUACAAGGAAGAGUUUGAGGAGAAGGGAGUCGCUGGCUUCCUCAACGAAGAAUCAUAUGACAUUGCAUACAACAAAAACAUGGCCUUCCUCGUCGACCGAUUGAACAAAGCCACAAAAGGCACCGACCACGAAAACUCUACAACCAAGCAGCUCGUCCUCUCCCUCGCGCGCAACCCCACCAUGGCCUCCGUCUUCGCCGCCGCCAGUAUGGCUCACAACACGCACUUCUUCUUCGACUCGCUGUCACCCUCGCUCGAAAACAACAGUCUUGAGCAAUACCCCGUCCUCAGAGACGCCCUGAUCAAGUCCUUCGGCAGCAUCGACACCCUCUGGAGGACAAUGUUGACCACCGCAAACGCAAUGACCGGCCCUGGUUUCGUCUGGCUGGUCCAAGCAAAGCACCGCGCCACCUCGUCCGCUGGAAACACCUCUUCUCUGCCCGAAUACAGAAUCUUGACUACCUACAAUGCCGGCACUCCAUACCCCGAGGCCAUUUACCGCCAACAGGGCGUCGACCAGAACACGGCAAUCGGUUACAAUGGUUCGGCUGGUUCUUUCGGUUCGACAUCCGCUCGUGGAAGAGAAGCUCCCAAGCUUCCUCCAGGCACUGAACUCAUCACCCCUGCUCUUUGUGUCAGCACCUGGGAACACUGCUACCUGCCUCAAUAUGGUGUGGAUGGAAAGGCAAAGUACCUGAUUGAAUGGUGGAAGUCUAUCAACUGGGGUGCCGUCGACAACAGAGUCGAGAAG